UAUCAUUAUCUCCAAUUGCAACUCCAAUAUCCAUUGAGAAAGCAAAUUUUAUACACAAUGAUGUCCAGAACCAUUUUACGUAGUAAAGUUAUUGUCCCAAGGGUUAAUGCCUUAGUUGGUAGAAGAUUCUACUCCUUCAAGCAAGAAGAUCAACCAAGAAUUAGAAUUGGUUCAACAGCACCAAAUUUCGUAGUUAAUACUACUGCUGGUAAAAUUGAUUUCCAUGAAUAUAUUGGAGAUAAAUGGGCAGUUCUUUUCUCUCAUCCAGCUGAUUUCACUCCUGUUUGUACUACUGAAUUAGGAGCAUUUUCUAAAUUAAAGCCAGAAUUUGAUAAAAGAGGUGUUAAAUUAAUUGGUUUAUCUACUGAAGGAGUUGAUAGUCAUAAUCAAUGGAUUAAAGAUAUUGAAGAAGUUGUUACUGAAGGUGAAAAAUUCGGAUUUCCAAUUAUUGCUGAUAGUACUAAAGAAGUUGCUUAUAAAUAUGAUAUGGUUACUGAAGAAGAUUUUAAAAAUCUUGAAUCAGGUAUGGUUGCAACUGUUAGAGCUGUUUUCGUUAUUGAUCCAGCUAAAAAGAUUAGAUUAACUUUAACUUAUCCAGCUUCUACUGGUAGAAAUACUGCUGAAAUCUUACGUGUAGUUGAUGCUUUACAAUUAUCAGAUAAGAGAGGUAUUGCUACUCCUGUUGAUUGGACAGAAGGUCAAGAUGUUAUUAUUCCUCCUACUGUUUCUAAUGAAGCUGCUAAGGAAAAAUUUGGUGACUUCAAAACUGUUAAGCCAUACUUGAGAUACACUACCUUAAAGUAAAUAACUAACUAUGUUCAAGUUUGACUUUUAUAUGUACAUAAGGUUAUAUAAAGACACUA